AUGAUGAAUAUUCUGCGAAACUCGCUUAUUCGCAUUAUCGCUGUUGCUACAGCUGCUUCUCGAAUUGUAUAUGCUCAAAGUAAUAAUCCAGAUACAGGACCGAGAAUAUCGCUCGUUAUUCCGGUCUCUGUUCGGGAAUCUUUGUCGUUGCCUUGGCAGAUUUCACAGGGCCUAAUUCAUCGACCUGAUCAAACCCUCUUUGGAAAUUUCACGGCGUUUUCUUCUAGAGUCCGUCCUGAAUCAGAAGCAACUGCAAAUGAUGAGAAGAGAGUUCCUGUUGAAGCUUCGGAUACUCCGAAACCAAGUAACCGGUACUUAGGGAGAGAUACAAUCGCCAAUGCUGCUGCAAGAAUAGGACCAGCAGUUGUCAAUCUUUCAGUUCCUCAAAGAGUUUAUGGGAUUACUACGGGACGAAGUAUCGGUUCUGGAACGAUCAUUGAUGCUGAUGGCACGAUACUGACUUGUGCUCAUGUUGUGGUCGGUUAUCAGAACAUUCGUCAAUCAUCUAAAGGGAGGGUUGAUGUGACGUUGCAAGAUGGCAGGACGUUUGAGGGUGUGGUGGUGAACGCUGAUUUACAAUCUGACAUUGCAUUAGUGAAGAUAAAGUCAAAGACACCAUUGCCAACCGCGAAACUUGGGUUUUCAAGUAAGCUUCGUCCAGGAGACUGGGUAAUAGCUGUGGGUUGUCCUCUUUCUCUCCAGAACACAAUAACUGCUGGUAUUGUCAGUGAUUUGGGAUUAGGAGGCAUACGUAGAGAAUAUCUUCAAACAGACUGCGCGAUCAAUGCUGGAAACUCUGGUGGGCCUCUAGUGAAUCUGGAUGGAGAAGUGGUUGGUGUUAACAUCAUGAAAGUCUUAGCUGCAGAUGGGCUCGGAUUUUCUGCGCCAAUUGACUCAGUUUCAAAAAUCGUUGAGCACUUCAAGAAGAGCGGUAGAGUUAUUCGUCCAUGGCUUGGGUUAAAAAUGAUCGAACUCAAUAAAAUGAUCGUUGCUCAGCUAAAAGAACGAGACCCGAUGUUUCCUGAUGUCGAGAAAGGCAUUCUUGUUCCUGCGGUGAUUCCGGGAUCACCGGCAGAUCGUGCUGGAUUCAAACCAGGCGAUGUUGUUGUGAGAUUUGAUGGGAAGCCGGUCGAGACCAUCAAAGAUGUAAUAGAUAUAAUUGACGAUAGAGUUGGGAAGCGAAUGCAAGUAGUUGUAGAAAGAUCAAACAAAGAAAAGGUUUCACUAGAAGUCACUCCUGUGGAAGCUGAUCCAGACAUGUGA